ACAAAACAGCUGAUUUUUAUUGAACGCAGGUAUUCAAUUUGAACGCCGUUAUUUAGAAUACAGUACCAGUGAUCAGUAAUACUUUUUAUAGAAACAAUUAAUAUAACAUCAAGGAAUACAAUACAAUGAUAUCGUUUUAUGUGCUGGACUGUUUUGAUUCCGUAGAUAAAUUUACAAUUUGUCGGAACUGCAUGCGAAAACGGGAAAACAUUUGUACGCUUGUUUCGCCACUAGCAAACCAUUCCAAAGUUCUCAAGAUUAUCUGCACUGAUCCGAUAGAGUUAAAUCGUUUUUUACUAGAGCUACACUAUUUUGAAGCGUAUCGGUUGCGUAUUCUGAAUGCUGUGUACAGUUUGGUCGAUGGUAAUAACAAACUGGUAAUCAAACUUCACCCGGUACGCAAGCAACCAAUUGAUUACAAAUGGGGUGAGCGAGCCAAUCGACUAAUAUGGGAACGUAUUGAGGUGGACGAGAUGAUAUCCUGGCUGUCAACGCUUGGGGGAGCAUUUUCUGCGCUGGGAGACUACAAAUUAGAAUGCGCUGACGUUGCCGGUAAAAUUUCAAUUCAGCAAAUGAAGCUAGCAAUGCGUAUCGGGGAACCAUCACUAAUAGCAAGGUGCAAGCUAUAUUUGGCGAUUGCGAUGAUACAAAGGUACAAUUUUGCUGGCGCCAAACAAAUGAUUGUUCAAAUCUAUCGAAACGAGAAGCGGCAAUAUGAACCGGACAGUCGGCUGCUCAAGAUGUGCCUUGGCAUUUGGGCUAAGCUUAAAUACGAGUAUGAGCUGUACCAGAAACGACUGAAUCGCCCUAAAGAACCAAACCGUCAUAUAUUUCUACGUUGUUGAAACUUAUUUUCAUGGUGUAGAACACUGUAGAUAUCUAUCAAUAAUAAAGCCUUUGGAUUGUGAUUGCAGUACGAUAAAUUGUGUUUCUCCCAAAAUGAUUACAAGCAACCCCACG